AUGUCUGGCUUGACUAUAAGAGAGACCAAAGUCCGCGAAAAGCCAUUAUACUCGGAACGUGUUUUGGAGCUGAACGCUAGUGAUGAGCGUGGGAUAGAGGUGAUACGGCAAAAGGUGAAGACUUUCGCUCAUUUGGCCGUGUCUGGUGGUACCGCAAGCACGAACGGUCCACCACCAUACAAGCUAAUUGUGUUGGACGAAGCUGAUUCCAUGACAGCUCCUGCACAGGUAGGUUUGUGGUGCAAUUAUUUUGACGGUACGCGACUCAAUAUUCUGUUCGGCUUGAAAAGCUUUGCUCCUUCAUGCCUUCCAUGCAUCCUAAGAAGAUCCAAUAUGUAA